CGAUUGCUUAAGCGCUGCAAAACAUAAAAUCGAUUUUCAAAUAUCGCGUGACCACAUAAACAUUGUUGAGGAACCAUAAAACAUGUAAAUCAAGUCAUUACAAUAAACAAAACUUCGACCAGAGUCAGUGUCAUCGUCAUGAGUCCGUGGAGCUCGGAGUCAUUCUCCACUGACGACCGACGGCAUCUACAUGUGCUCGCUAAUAUUUCGUCACUUUAUUUUAUUUGUUAAACUCGUCCGAAUGGUGCGGUAAACCAAAAUCAUGGAGCUCGAAGACACGAAUAUUACGAACUUUAAAACGAACGUGACGUUAGACCAAGUGAUGGAUUUUUUUAACUUAAACCUUUCUAAUGUGAACCAAAGUGAAGUGUCACAAAUACAUUUGUUCGACCUGUACGAAGCAUACAAAACUAUUGAGAAGGAACAGUUGAUGGUGUACAAGUCAGUGGCUUAUAUCAUCGGGACUCUCAUCAUUUUGAGCAACUUGACAGUUGUUAUAUCUAGCGGACUGAUACUAAGAAAAGGUCAACAACCAAAGAGCACAUAUCUCCUUCUUGGCAAUGUGUCCCUCGCUGACACCAUCGUCGGGUUCUCCCUAAUUUUCGGAGUCACAGUGGACAACUCUGUGAGUUCCAACCCCUUGUGUAUCUUUCAAAUAGGUAUGUUAGUAUGUCCAGCCAUGGUCUCCAUCUUCAGCGUGGGUCUCAUCGCCGUGGACCGGUACAUCUAUAUCCUCCACGGCCUAUAUUACCAAAGGUGGUUCAACACCACUCGAGUCAGGAUCGGGAUCCUAUGCAUUUGGAUGAUCGGUAUAACUCUUGGAUUCAUGCCAGCUACUGGAUGGACUAACACAGAGUUGAUAGUCACUCGAUGUUACUACGUCUCUCUCUUUCCCGGCCCUCUUAUACUUAUCAACUCCUUCCUUAGUAUUGUACCAAUCAUGGUCGGGCUUGUUCUCUAUAUCAUUAUUCUUAUAAAAGCCUUAAAAACAGUCAACGUUCUAAACAAAAGCGCAAAAAACAGCAAAGCGUACAGGGAAAAUAUGAAUUUUAGAAUCUCUCGUGGUAAAGGCAAUGAUACUACGUCGAGCACUCCAUCCGUUGAUGAGGUCCAAAAUAAAUCAACACCUAAACUCACUAAGAGUGCUUCUUACAAUAAUAACGUGUAUGGAGAUGGAGUUAUUGCAAAACCGACCUUAAAGACUAAAUCUAAAAGUAACCAUGAACUCGGUCUUACUCAAACAAUGUCAGCAAAUAACUUUGAAAAUAUUGGCAAUCGAAGUAAAUCUCAGAGUGAGUCAAUGAUUAGCAUUUGUACAAUUCAAUCUCAAGGAUCCAACCCUGACGUCUCAAUGCCGAAUCUCAAACCUUCAAGGUUUCAGAAUCAAGUGAGAAAGAUUUGCAACAUAAACGCUGCCUCGCGAAGGCCGAAAGAGCCAAAUAAAUGGAGGGCGAUUACUAUAGUUAUGUUGACUUCUGGAAGUUUCGUAAUCACCUGGAUGCCAUUUUUCAUUAGUGUUACUGUGUUUGUGUUUUGCGAAGACAAAUUGACAAAUCCUAGAUGUAUGUAUAUAAGGUACUUACUUGGUGGUCCGUUAGCAACUCUUGCCUUUUUGAAUAGCAUAUUGAACCCCUUGAUUUACGCGUGGUGGCACAAAGGCUUUCAAGAAUCCGUUAAGAACUAUUAUAGAGUGUUUAUAUUAAAUUGUUUUUGUAGGAUCAGUAGAUAGUGCUACUUAGUAAUCGUUGUUAAGAAUCUCAAUUACAUUUUAUCCAAAGUUAUCCAUGACAUUGUCACGAAGCUCUCUAUUUGUGUUGAUAUUUUUUUUGUGGAAUACAAUUUCGUGAACUCACCUUAAUGAAACGUUUUUACUUGCUUUGACCCUUAAUUUUAUUAUAACUUUCGUGAGACAUGCUAAAUUUAUUAUUAUGUUAGCUAUAUAGCUUACUCACGAAACGAGCAACUCGACUAGUUUCAAGCCAUGCUAGAGGCUCAUAUUCAUGAGCAGCAUUCCACGACACACGACGCAGCGCCUAUGGCGAAAUGCUGCUCAUAAAUAUGAUCCUCAAUCGUUUAUUAAGAGUAAGUUAUCAAUGAGUGAUGAUUGCCUACAUAGUUUCAUUUCUGUGGCUUCAAAAAUCAUGUUUAUUUUAGAAAUUCAACUGUUACCAGUGCUCCACCGCCUUAGUCACUAAUGAAACACCAGGUACACUUGAUGACCAUCAAAAUUGUUGUAUGUUACUGUUUAACUAGUUAUUCUAGAUUAUUGUAUGUUUGUGAUAACUUAAACUAGCUUUAUGUAAUCUAUAUGUUAAUAAUACUUGUACAUAACUAUAUUUAUUAAGUGCGUAAUUUGUAUAUUAUACCUAUAUGUUUAAUGUUAUCUAAGAUUUAAGGUACGUCAUUACGUAUGUUGUCAUUGUAUUGGCCAAAUUGUGUUAUGGCACCUUGUAUUAGCUUAUUUUCAGAUCUUUUACCAUUAUUUAUACCUUCUAGUUCUAGUAAUAGUCUUCUAUCAACCAAUCAUAAACGAGUCAUUUCUAAAAUAGACAUUGAAUGAUAGAUGACAUGGACAGUACUUAUUGGGCCUAAAUUAUCUGGACACGAUUUAUGAGUCAAAUCAUGUCACUUUACAAAAUUCUUUACAGCAUACGUGUGAUUUAAAAGAAGUGAUUUCAGAAUAAAGAGUAGCUACAUAUUUCCAAGUAAUCUUAUGUGUAAUUAUUCCAUUUACAACCCACACAGGUAUAUUCAUAUCCACAUUACCAGCGAUGGGUUGGACAGGGCGGACGUUCAGGGACUUCAGAUGCUGGUACAUCGCCGUCUUCCCUUCAGCCCUCCUCCUCGUCCUGUCCAUCGUAGUCCUCUCUGUCAUCAUCAUGGUCUGCAUCCUAUACAUCCUCAUCCUUCGCAGUGCCGUCAAAGCCGUCGAUAAAAUCAGAGAGUUCAAAGAAAACAGCUAUACGAAUAAAGGCUUCAUCGAUGAUUUAGCUAACUCAGCUGCUGUCACAUCUAAUUCAGAUUCUUGUGGCAGCUCUGUUGUGGAGAUGCGUAAAUUCGAUAGUGAAACACAGACUUAUCAAAGCGAUGCGAGUAGAGAUAGAAGAAUGGGUUGCUGUAGGAUGAGCAGCAGUCAUCCAAGUAAAUUGAAGGCAGUGAAAACUGUUCUUAUAGUAACUUUAUGUUUUCUCGGUACAUGGGCACCGUACUAUGUAGCCGUAAUAAUGUAUGUAAAGUGCGAUAUCAUGAAGAAUGGCUACGAAUGUAUUCCUUUAGAAAUAUUAACGUUAGGGCCUCUUUAUUUGCUAGGCGUUUGCAACAGUCUCUGUGAUCCUCUGAUUUAUGCAUGGCGACAUUCUGGUUUUAAGAGCACAUUAAAGAGGAUUUACUGGAAGUGUUUAGCGAAACAUAAGAUAUAAGAUGAUAUAAUGACGUCACUCGUUACUCGUAAUGAUUAAUUAAACCUAAUAUAUAAGUGUAAAGCAAACAGUAUUGAAAUGUUAAAGUUUUUAUGAAAAGAAAAUAAAAUAAAUUAAAUUGUUUUGUA